UCAUGCCUGACUUGCAUAAUACAAAAGCCACACACACGACAGAGAAAUAGAAAUCAAAUUUCGAUUCUAGUUUAUACAGAAAUCGGAAUAUUCAAUGGCCUUCACCGUUGCUCCUUCUUCUUCUUCUGCAACUGCAAUUUCUGCAACCAGUUAUUCCCGCUCCUCUGAGCUCAAAGCUCCUCAAAUUGGUUCCUUCCGUUUGUUGGAUCGUCCGGCGACCUUUAACCUCUCCCAACGGCGUUUUUCGGUGAAGUCUAAACGGAAUGACUCCAUUGUCCCUCUUGCGGCAACUGUCGUUGAGCCUGAGGUGGCGGAGAAAAUAGAUGUGGAGGACUAUGAGCAAUUGGCCAAGAAGCUUGUGAACUCUUCUCCAUUGGAGAUUAUGGACAAGGCGCUUGAGAAGUUUGGCAAUGAUAUUGCAAUUGCAUUCAGUGGUGCUGAAGAUGUUGCAUUGAUUGAGUAUGCCAAGCUAACCGGUAGACCCUUUAGGGUGUUCAGUCUGGACACUGGGAGAUUGAACCCAGAAACAUAUAGGUUCUUUGACGCUGUUGAGAAGCACUAUGGCAUCCAUAUUGAGUACAUGUUUCCUGAUGCUGUUGAAGUUCAAGCCUUAGUAAGGAGCAAGGGCCUGUUCUCUUUCUAUGAGGAUGGGCACCAGGAGUGCUGCCGUGUUAGAAAGGUGAGGCCCUUGAGGAGAGCUCUCAAGGGCCUACGCGCUUGGAUCACUGGCCAAAGAAAAGAUCAGUCCCCUGGCACCCGGUCUGAGAUUCCCGUUGUUCAGGUUGACCCAGUUUUUGAGGGAUUGGAUGGUGGCGUUGGCAGUCUAAUCAAGUGGAAUCCGAUGGCAAAUGUUGAUGGCAUAAAUGUAUGGAACUUCCUUAGAACUAUGGAUGUGCCUGUAAACUCAUUGCAUUCACAAGGAUAUGUUUCAAUUGGCUGUGAGCCUUGCACAAGGCCAGUUCUUCCAGGUCAACAUGAGAGGGAAGGGAGAUGGUGGUGGGAGGAUGCUAAGGCUAAGGAAUGCGGGCUACACAAAGGAAAUCUGAAACAGGAUGAAGCAGCGCAACUUAAUGGCAACAGAAAUGGGGCUGGUCAUUCAAAUGGUUCUGCUAACGUUGCUGAUAUUUUCAACUCACAGAAUUUGGUCAAUUUGAACAGGACUGGAAUAGAGAAUUUAUUAAGAUUGGAAAACAGAAAGGAACCAUGGAUUGUUGUUCUGUAUGCCCCAUGGUGCCAAUUCUGCCAGGGCAUGGAACAAUCCUACGUUGAAUUGGCUGAUAAUUUGGCAGGGAGUGGAGUGAAGGUGGGGAAAUUCAGGGCAGAUGGUGAUCAGAAAGAAUUUGCUAAGCAAGAAUUACAGUUGGGAAGCUUUCCGACGAUACUCUUCUUUCCCAAACACUCCUCUCGGCCGAUCAAGUAUCCCUCAGAGAAGAGGGAUGUAGAUUUCUUGAUGACUUUUGUCAAUGCCCUCCGCUGAUAGAAAACAAGUAUAAUCAUUUGAUAGAGGAGUGGUUGAAUCAUUUGAGCACAGAAGUCCAAGGUUGUGUUCAUAAUCAGAAAUGAUUGGGAAUAAUGGAGGAGGCAGCGAGCCUCAAACCAUAAGCAUAACUUAAUUGUUUGCUUGCCCAGCACUAGCCAGCCUUGGGAACGUAAACUACCUGGGUCUGUAUAUUGUAUGGUGCGGGUAUAUAUGCUCCUCUUUCUACUCCUCUCCUCCUUGCAUGUUCUGUGAAAGUCAAUUUUAGGACAGAGUUUUGAUUUUUAAGGUCUUUAGAAUUUGUAAUAUAAAUGGUCGAAUGGAGAAUGGGAAAUAGAGUUGAUUUUUGGUGCGUUAUAACCUCAA